AAGAUGGAUGGGACGAAAGCACAAUUGAACUUUUUCUUCACGAACUUGCAAUUAUGGAUAGCAAUAAUUUCCUGGGCAACUGCGGUGUAGGUGAACGAGAAGGAAGAGUUGCAUCCCAAAUGGUGGCUCGGAGACAUUACAGAUUGAUUCAUGGGAUUGGAAGGUCAGGAGACAUAGCGGCGGUCCAGCCUAAAGCGGCAGGCUCCAGUCUCUUGAACAAGCUGACUAAUUCAGUGGUCUUGGAUGUUUUAAAGCUGGCUGGGGUCAAGGCAACCAGUAGCUGCUUUGUGGUUCCCAUGGCAACAGGCAUGAGCCUCACUUUGUGCUUCUUAACCCUUCGGCACAGAAGACCGAAGGCCAGGUACAUCGUCUGGCCUCGGAUAGAUCAGAAAUCCUGCUUCAAAUCAAUGGUGACUGCAGGUUUUGAGCCAGUGGUGAUAGAAAAUGUUUUAGAAGGAGACGAGCUACGGACUGAUCUCCGGGCAGUCGAAGCUAAAAUCCUGGAUCUUGGAGCUGAUAAUAUUCUCUGUGUACAUUCUACUACCUCCUGCUUUGCUCCAAGGGUGCCUGACAGAUUGGAGGAACUGGCUGAGAUUUGCACAAAGUAUGGCGUCCCGCACGUUGUCAACAACGCCUACGGAGUCCAGUCUUCCAAAUGCAUGCACCUCAUUCAGCAGGGCGCCCGAAGAGGCCGGAUAGAUGCUUUUGUACAAAGUUUGGAUAAAAAUUUUAUGGUUCCAGUCGGAGGGGCUGUCAUUGCUGGCUUCAGUGACUCCUUCAUACAGGAAAUCAGCAAAAUGUAUCCAGGAAGAGCCUCAGCUUCUCCUUCGUUAGAUGUGCUCAUCACGCUGCUGAGUUUGGGCGCGAAGGGAUACCGGCAGCUGCUACGAGAAAGAAAGGAAAUGUUUUCUUACCUUUCAACGGAGGUGAAAAAAUUAGCAGAAAGCUACAACGAAAGACUGUUGGAUACCCCGCACAAUCCCAUCUCUCUAGCCAUGUCACUGAAACAACUAGACGAGCGAAACCCCGAAGCCGUCACGCAGCUCGGAUCGAUGCUUUUCACCAGACAAGUUUCCGGAGCAAGAGUGGUUUCUCCUGGGACCCUGCAGACUGUGAGUGGCUACACAUUCCAAGGUUUUAUGGCCCACACGGACCAGUAUCGCUGCUCCUACCUCAACGCCGCCUCGGCCAUUGGGAUGAAGUCGGAAGACAUUGAGGCCUUCGUGAAAAGGCUUGAUAAAUGCCUGAAGGCGCUAAGAAAAGGGAAGGACCAGCCAGAUGGACCAGGGCCGAACGCAGAUAUUGAUCCUGAUAUGGAAAAAUGCAACAUAGGAGGAGGAGAUGUCCAGCCUUAGAUUAUCCCAAAAUUAUUUCCAUCUUAGAAUGGUUUUUUUUAAAAUAGAAAAAUAAUCCAAUAUCAAUGACCUCAGGGCAUUCUCCCACCAGACAUAUUUUUUCCCACUGGAACGAAUAAAGAGAUAAUUACACUCACUCACUUGGGUGUAUAUGUCCAAAAGGGCCUUUAAAUUUAAAUCCAGAUUUAAUUGCAAUUUAAUUUAAUCGCGGACAGCUGAGUUGAUCGUCUAAAAUUUUCAAAAAGGAAUUUCCUACAUCACGAGGACAGAUAAAUAAAAUUUCAGUUCAUUCAUUGGGGUAUAGCUGCUCGAUGUUCAACAGCUGCUGUUCUGCAUGUUAUCUGCUACUUUUCAAAGGAGUUGGUUGUAAAUUCUGUAGUUGGAUAGUGCCUCUAUUAGGACCGAAUACGGUGGCCGCCAAAAUCCAGGCAGGCUUGGAAGUUCUCCAGAACUUUUAAUCGUGUGUCUUCUUGAGACGUAAGUGCCUGCAGACAAACAGUGAAUUCGAAUUAACUGGCUAGGCAUAGCCUUUGAGACUUAAUUCCAGGGCCAUUUUUCUCAGGGUGAAUUAAAUCAUCUCCUUUGAAAAGAGUUUGUCGUCCGUGCGUUGUGCAUUUCUUCUUCUGAAGAACCUCUUCGUAAAAACUGUAUGCAGACGAGUGUCUCAGAUUCCCACAUCCCU